UAUAAUAUGUUGAAUUCCACCGGCCGGAUGAUGGAGGAGGAAGUGGUGAUCGUCGGCGCGGGCAUCGGAGGCCUGGCCGCCGCCGUGGCACUAAAGAGGGUGGGAGUUAAGGCGGUGGUGCUGGAGAGGGCGGCGGAGCUGAGGGCCACCGGGUUGGCGAUCGGACUCUUCCCUAAUGCGUGGCGUGCCCUCGACGCCAUCGGAGUUGCCGAUAAGCUCCAGGCUCUCUAUGCCCCGGUUGGAAGUGCAUUAAUUAUCGAUGUCAAUACCAGAAUGACUCAAGAAGUGCGAUAUGAUGCCAAUGGGAAAAGAGCCGGACCAAGAGUGGUUCAUAGGAAGACCCUUUUGCAAACAUUGGCUAGUGAACUAGACUCAGAUACAAUCCGCUUCUCUUCCGGGAUACGCAUAAUUGAAUCUCAAGUUGAGGAUGGGCACCACUUUGCAGUUCUCGGGCUCGAGGAUGGAACCAUUAUCAAGGCCAAGGUGGUGAUAGGGUGUGAUGGGAUCCACUCGGUGGUUGCACGCAACUUGAAGCUGGCUUCUCCAGUGGAUUCGGGCCGGUCUGCAGCCCGUGGGCUAGCAAUUUAUCCAAACGGUCAUGGGCUGCCCCAUGCUCCCCAUCAGUUUGUUGAUGUGUCCAGACGGGCCGGACUUGGUCCAAUCAAUGACAAAGAAAUCUAUUGGUUCUUUGUUUGCAAAACACCACCUAAAGGAGAGGAGAUUCAAAAUGAUCCAAGAUUGAUAACAAGAGAAGUGAUGGAGAAUUGGGCAAAGGACUUCCCUGAAACGUUCAUCGACGCGGUCCGGCACGCUGACAUGUCGGCCACGUCAUGGGCGUCGCUCAUGUUCCGGUACCCGUGGGACGUCAUUUUCGGGAAACUCAACACCGAGAACGUUACGGUGCUCGGAGACGCCAUGCACCCGACAACACCGGACCUCGGGCAAGGCGGGGGCAUGGCCCUCGAGGACGCCGUCGUUCUUGGCUGUCACAUUGGAAAUGUGACUGGCCCUGAUGGGACGCUUACGCCAGAAGGCGUAAGUCGAGCCCUAACGAAUUACGUGGAAGAGCGGAGGUGGCGAGCCGCUUGGGUUAUCGCAGCAUCGUUCGUGUCAGGGUGGGUCCAGCAGGACGGGUCUGGAUGGUUCAUGAAGUUUCUUAGGGGAGUGUUCUACAAGACUAUCAUGCCUAAAAUUUUCAGUAUUGCAGAUUAUGAUUGUGGGAAGUUGCCUAGCAAGAAUGAGAGCUUUCAUUGAUCACCACUCUCCAGUUAAACAUAGUUAAUAAAAUAAACAAAACAUACAACCUUUGUUUCCGUAUAUUUUUUCAACUUGAUUUUUUCGAAUCAAACUAAAUAAAUUUUGGGCUUUAAG